AUGCCAGCCAAUGUUGCUAAUCCGAUCCUAUCCGAUAUUUACCCGAAUUUUAAUCUCAUAAGGUAUACGGAAGAUUCAGAACUAGCUACCUUGGACAUCGGCAGAAAUUUGGAUUUGAAAACUGAUCCAUCGUGUCAGACUCACUUCCUCUUCUUUUCAUCCAUCUCAAAGCCCGCUCCUCGAAGCCGACUUCAUGAUAGUUGUUGUGUAGCUCAUCUUCACCUCCGUCGUCGAACCGUCGCCAAAAAACUCAAAUCGAUAUCGGCUUGCAUUCGUGCUUUCGACGUCAUGGGAGUAAACUCUUCGGGUCUUGAAGAGAAUCUUUUCGACUUUGGUCUGCGGCGACUCUCUUCUGAUGGCUUGACCGGAUCGACGACUUGCGAGUCUUGUAGUUCUUCUAUACUGGUUGCCGCUGGACGCGGGACCGAGAUUUCCCGCGAACUCGAUCGAACUGUGUCGUCGGAGUUGGAGGUUGGUGAGGACAUUUUCAUUGUCCUGUACUCGUGCUGUCGGGAGAAAGUAUUGUAUUCUUGGGUAUGCUUUGAAGUCCCUCAUCGUCUAUGCCUCAUCCCUUGCUCUGAUCCUCUGAGAAUCUCCGAGCUGAAGGAGGCUCGGCCGAGCAAUUCAGAGCUGCACAGUCCAGAAACCGGACUAGAUAUGAGAUAUGAGUCGGAAGAGGAGACGAGAGAAUAA